AUGGAGAGAACACGGGUGGCAAAGGUUGAAAAUGUGACCUUGGCUCGCCGUGGUGAGCAGGUCGACGGCACGCUCCACCUCACCCCUCACCACCUAAUCUUUUCGCACGUCCCCCUGAUCUCCAGCGAGGAUCAAGCAAAAGGUGUUACAAUUAGACCAAGGGAACUCUGGUUCACCUACCCGAUCAUCGCCUUUUGUACUCUGCGCCCGGCUCCCGCUGCCUCCCGCCAGCUCUCCUCCAUUCGCCUCCGCUGCCGAGACUUCACAUUUGUCUGCUUCUACUUCAUCAACGAGCAGAAAGCUCGCGAGGUCUACGAUGCUAUCAAGCAAUGGACCUGCAAAUCUGGUCGGCUAGAUAAGCUGUAUGCCUUUGCCUACCAGCCGCCACCGCCGGAGAAGGAAUUAAACGGUUGGAACCUGUAUGAUCCACGCAAGGAAUGGGAGCGUCAGGGCGUAUUCAAGGAGAACUCAGGAUGGCGUGUCUCCGAAAUAAAUACUGAUUAUGGAUUUUCUCCAACUUACCCUGCACUCAUUCCCGUGCCCUCUGCCAUCUCUGACAAUACUAUCAACUAUGCGGGGAGAUAUCGUUCACGAGCGAGAAUCCCAGCCCUCACAUACCUUCACCCAGUGAACAAAUGCAGCAUUACCAGAAGCUCGCAACCGCUGGUCGGGGUGCGCCAGAAUCGCAGCAUUCAAGACGAGAAGCUGCUAGCUGCCAUAUUCUCUACUUCACGAUCCGAAAGGCCUUUGGCUAGCUUUGCUCAAUCUCAACUAGAUAGGGAGGCGUCCGACUCAAGCCAAGGCUACGACAGUCCCGAGGCUAGUCAAAUUGACACCGAUCUGUCAAAUGCAGAGGAGAUAGAGGACGAAAUGAUUGCCGCUGCUCGCGGUGCUUCUGAUGAGCAAAAGGCAAUUUAUGGUGCUCAGCAGCAGAAUCUGAUUGUCGAUGCCCGGCCAACAGUCAACGCUUUUGCUAUGCAAGCCGUUGGACUUGGCUCUGAGAACAUGGACAACUAUAAGUUUGCAACCAAGGCAUACCUCGGCAUUGACAAUAUUCAUGUCAUGCGUGAUUCGUUGAGUAAGGUUAUUGAUGCCCUGAAAGAGACGGAUGUUACUCCACUAGGGCCAAAUCGCGAUUUGUUGGCACGAAGUGGCUGGCUAAAGCACAUUGGUGGGAUUUUAGACGGAGCUGGUCUCAUCACCCGUCAGGUUGGCCUGCAGCACUCUCACGUUCUGAUCCACUGCUCUGACGGCUGGGACCGGACAAGUCAGCUUAGUGCUUUGAGUCAAAUUUGCCUAGAUCCUUACUUCCGAACAAUGGAAGGCUUCAUGGUCCUCGUGGAAAAGGAUUGGCUGUCGUUUGGUCACAUGUUCCGACAAAGAUCCGGCCAUUUGAACAGUGAGAAAUGGUUCCAGAUCGAGAAUGAGCGCAUCGGUGGGGAGGCUAACCGUGGUUUUGGUGACGGCGGUGGUGCCGGAAAGGCCAUUGAAAAUGCAUUCCUAAGUGCGAAAGGUUUCUUUGGUCGUGACAACAAUAGCCGUGAUUCUUUGCCUGACUCGGAUGGAGAACUCAAGAGCUAUGAUUCUGACAGCCCGGCCAAGAAACCCAGCUCCGCCGCCCCUCGUUCGAGUGUUUCCGAGAAAGAGAUGACCAAGGUGAAGGAGACAAGCCCCGUUUUUCAUCAGUUCCUCGACGCAACCUAUCAGCUUCUGUACCAGUACCCAACGCGCUUUGAGUUCAAUGAGCGCUUCUUGCGACGACUGCUCUAUCACCUAUAUUCUUGCCAGUUUGGAACGUUCUUAUUCAACAACGAAAAGGAGCGAGUUGACACAAACGCCCGUGAGCGCACUAGGAGCGUGUGGGAUUAUUUCCUUGCCCGACGGGAACAAUUCACCAACCCGCAAUAUGAUCCCGAAAUCGAUGAUCACCAACGCGGCAAGGAACGACUGAUAUUUCCUCGCGUUAAGGAGACGCGUUGGUGGAAUGAAGUUUUUGGGCGUUCAGAUGCAGAGAUGAAUGGGCCUGUUCCGGCAGGAGCCCCGGUCGGUGUUGGAAGCGACAGCCCUGGAGGAAAUCGUGAACCUGUGCUGACUGGGGUUGAGACUGCUCAUAGUCCUUCUAGUUCUGAGGGCUCUGGGCAAAACAUUCAGAAUGUCGCGGCCUCCGGAAUGGCUGCUGUGCAGGCUGGAUUGCCCAACCUGUCAGUCAUCAAGGGUCAUGAACCCGAAACAAAGGCAGACAAGGAGCAAGAGAUGAAUGUGGAGAUGCAGUGA